CGAUGUACGACGAAGAAAUCGACGUCAGGGAUGCCGAGGAAGUGGAUGAUAGCGAGUCGACGGAAAGCAGCAUCGACAACGAUAGCAGCCGAGAUCUUCGAACGCCCAGUGCCAAACAACGGAAACUUUUGGUAAGCAACCUAAUAUUUCCUUUGCUGAUCAUUGACUUGAAUAGAGAGGAGUUUGAGUUUUUAGCCCCCCAAAACUUGACCCCCCCCCAAAAAAAGAUCAAAAUCAAGUAAAUACUUGAUGUCUGCAGUCUCCUUAGUCACAAUAAUGGGGGCUAAACAAAAUAUAUUUAGACUAUUCGCGUUUAUGCAGCAGCUUGUUGUGACCUAAAACUCUCGAAUCUGCAAGUCAUAGUAACAGUAUAACAAUGAUGGUUUCACGGUUGAUUACAGAUGUCGAGCAGCGGUUCGGGCAGAAGGUCCAGGUCUAGACUCCGGGCCGUUGACCACGUUCAUCACGACGACGAACAUCCCGAUGGGCCAGAGCUACGUAAGGAAGAGGACGACCCGGAUAACUAUGACGUGCACGAAGCUCAAAGGUCUUAUAAAUAACACCAAUAAUAUCGGCUGAUUAUAUUAAAAUGGACUCGUGGGUGUAGGAAAGAAAUAUGUUCGCGGUGGAGAGAUGGGCAAUUUAUUUUAAUUAAUACUCCAUCUAUUUAUGGACUUUUUAAUAUAGUUUGCCAUUUGAAAAUCAAAAGGAAGUAGUGGAUUCACCCCCAAAAAGGUGACGAAAAAUAUUAUAAUUAUAAAAUUGCAGAGCUGCUUGUGAAAUCAACAUGUUAAUAAGGUGGGUACUUGGGAGGGUUAUUUUCUAUAAACUGAAUCCAAAUCAGUAGUCAUCUGUAGAACUAAACUCUUAUAAUCGGAGAGGUGAAGGAGACAGCAGAAUAUAACGGAGCUUGUUGUAAAUCUGUAAUUUCCAUUAAAUUGAAAUAUCUUUUUAUUUAUUCUAAGGUUAUUUUACGUAUCGUAACGAAAUAAUAUACCUACUCGUAAUAUAGUUAACAUUGAAACUGACGACUUAACUAAACUGCACUGUGAUACAUUAUGUUAUUAUUAUAUUAACGAUGAACGAGAAACCUAUGGAAACUAAAUAAAAAAUAUAUAAAUAUCGCGUUUGGAAAAAAAAAAAAAAAAAACCUUAUAUAAUUAUGCCUACGGAACAUAUUUUAAUUUUCCGUUUGAAUUAUUACAUAAAUACGAUAUAUUGACAUUUUUUUUUCGGCGUUUUCGGCCGAGCAAUAGCCGAUGGACAUUCGAACGCAACCGAACGGGGUCCGUUUACUAUACGAUUUGACGAAAAAAAUAAGAUAAAAAAAAAAAAAACACGUUGAUCGUGGCCAGUUUGUAAUGACAUACAUAUGUACAAUAUUAUGAUUAUUAUUAUUAUUAUUUUUUUUAACAUACACUUUUAGUGCGGAAUAUCGCAUCUCAUACCGUCCGAAGGUUUAGAAUAACAGUAUUAUAGGUCAGCGGUUACUGACCUUAUUGGGCCACGACCCAAAUUAGUAGAGAGCUUUUUUACGGCGUGGGGCACGAAACGAACUAAACUCAAAAAGGUUGUUGUUGUAUAGAUUUUUUGUGGGUGGGGAAGGUGGGAGGGAGGUCUGACUAUCAAUUAAUUUUAAUGAAUAAUUUGGGAGUUGAAAAAAAAAGUCAAACUUCUGUAGUAAUAAUUACCCGGAGAAAUUAUUUCGAAAUGGGUUGGUGGGUUUAACCCUUAAAAACUCUUCUCUUACCUACGCCUCUGAUUAAAUUCAAGCAUAUUUACGAGGUCGCGUGUUAAGCGAAGGAUCUCAUUUGUACAGGUUUAUUUUACUUAAUCAUUUGGACUAAAUGUUAGUGUCAUUAUAAUUUAGUUUCAAUAAUGGUAUGUUAAUGAAAUAUGAAAACAGUAUACGUUUGAAAUUUUUACGGAUUAUUUUUGAUAGUCCUCGCGAAAAAUUAAAUUUAAAACGUCACGACCGUAAAAAAAAAAAAGUCUGAAACCAUUGCGGGUGUACUAUUUAUACCUACGUAAAAAUAAUAAACAGGGCGAAAAAAACAUGCGCUUUGUGACGUGGCAUUAUUAUUGGAAUAUAAAUAUGAAUAAAACAUCGGUUGAACUUCGUAGGUAUAUACGAGUGAAAACAAUCCGAUCGUUUCCCAACGACACAUCAGAGAGCGUUACAAUAAUAUAUAAUUAUUAUGCACUUAUAUGCUCCGCCAACCAAUUGUCGAAAAGGUGUAUACGAAUAAUAACAAUUAUGAUAAUGAUUUGGAUAACAAGUUUAUAAUAAAAAAUAAUAAUAUAUAUACGUGUAAAACAUUCUUCGUCGGAUUUUACGAAUUGUUCAAGGGGGGGAAAAAAAAAAUUAUAUUUUUCGUAUUAUUUUUAAUUAUUUUUGUUAUUCGAUUUCUCGAAUUUUCGUGAAUGUGAUACGCUUGUACAUACAUGUUUUAUUCCAUUUCUAUUCGGUCAAAACAUGGACAAAAUAUAUAUUGUAAUGCCAAAAAUAAUUGUAUAAUGCCUUAAAAGGAUAACAAAAUAUUUUACAUCAAAUAAUGACAAAGAGAUCAUUCAUUAGUUGUAAGCAGCUAUAAUUUUAAACUUCCUAUCUAUCUUAAUAUCUUACACGCCAUUGAUUUCCACACAUUUUAUCAGUCAUAUUAUAAUAAACGAAUCAUUUUGCGUUGUCUGCAAUAAUAUUAUUUUGAAUAUUUUUAUGUUUUUCUGUAUUUUGCAGGGAUUAUAACAAAGAAGUCGAUUUUUUACACUUACCUCAGGACGUCAAAGAAGUGUUUAAAUACAUACAAAUGUAAGUAAACGCCUGUCGUACAAAAUCGGGUCGUAUUAUAAAUUGAGAAAUUAUUCACUUCAGUAUCACCUAUAUAUUUUAUCGGAUUAUUAAUAAUGUUAAAUAUUUAAAAAAGAAAACAACACCCGUUAGCAACUGAUACAUAUACUGAUACAAGCCGACUUUGUUCGCACCUGUUUUGAAUUAUAGAAAUAUUACCUAAAGAUAUAACUAUAACACUUAUAAUUCCAUGUAUACAUACAAUGUCAUCCUCCGGGUUCAUUAGGGUUGUCUCUAGCAAAAACCGUGCUUCGAGGGGGCAAAAGGAGCAAGUGUCCCCCAAGUCGCCAAAGGAAGGAGGUGCCUAAAACUGUAAAUUGUGGUUACAAUAGUUAGAGAAAAAAGAAAACUAAAAGGAAACUUAUCAAAAAUACAGUCUGAAAUGAGUCAAAUAGUUUAUUGACUUGUAGAGGUUAGCACGGCACUUUAUGCAGGAGUGUUCAAAAUUGAAAAACAACAUGGUGAAAUUUAUAUUUUACUAUUUUAACUGUAGAGUGUUUUAAUUUAUUCAACUUGACAAAUCGAAUUAUAUAUUUCCAUGAACUUAGUCGCGUUUGACUAAUAUACAAAAUGUAUACUUUUUUCAUAAGUUCAAAAGCAUACUUAUAGUGAGCGUUGAUAACUGAUGUAUGUAAAUAGAAUUUACCGACGAUAACUGCAUGUGGUUUUAAGCAAUUUUUCGACUCGAUUUUACCACUUCAAAAAAUAGAUACACUAAUCACACACAAUAUUCUACGACUUAGUAUACUUAUAACCCGGAUGAAUCCACAUAUACACGGCAGGUACUAUCCCCAGAAGACGAAACUCGAGUUUAGGCUGUCACCGUUCAUCCCGGACUACUUGCCGGCCGUCGGUGAUGCGGACGCGUUCAUCAAAGUGGUGGCUCCCGAUCCAUCUUUACAAGCGGGUCUGGGCCUGGAAUACUUAGACGAACCCGGGAUAAACCAGAGUGACCCGUGUUUGCUCAACCUGCAGCUUCGGGCUUCUUCGUCGUCGUCGUCAAAAUCACUGGUAAAAAUACGAUUUUCUUCCCCUCCGUCUCUUUUCAUAUAGACUAUUUCCGAUACAAGGAUCGACCUCUUCGGUCCUAAAUCUCUGCAUAUUUUCUACAUAAAUUCCUCAAGAGUAUUGACAUCACACGUGUCCACCUCAGUUUACAAUAUUCUUUCUCGUUUCGUCGACUAUCGAAUACAGGACAUUCUUUUAAGAAGAUUUUUAGUGUCCAAUUGGACACACAUCCAAGUCUAUGUAUCCAAGUCUAUAUCCAUGUCUAUAUCCAAGUCUGGGUAUCCACCAGACGAGUAAAAUUCUUCUAACUGUGUAUUCACUAAAAAUUAAAUGGCAAAUUAUUGAAUAUGUAGACUUUGUAACUAAAAUAUUUUAUUUUAUACGGGAAAUAUUCUAAUUGGUGUGGUGAGGGGAAGUAGUUGAGAAAAACUCAAAAGUCAAAGGGACGGUAAGGUAUGUCUGCUCGUGGAGAUUUUUUAAAGAAAAGGGAGUGGACACAAAGUAGUGAUACUGAAAAAUAUAUUAAUCGUCUGUAAGAUAAUAUAAUAUUACGACGGUUUGGUUAGGUGGUGAAGAAAUUGGAAGACGCCGAAAAAAAUCCAAAAGUGGUGGAACAGUGGAUACGGGACAUUAAUGAAUUGAACCGCGGCAAGGCUUCUACUUUUUUCUAUUCCAGGUAUGCACGCGUAUACCGAUAUUAAUUAUUAUUAGGUUUCGCGUGCCAUUUUAUAAAUUAUUAAUUAAUUUCAACAAUAAUAUGCGUAUAAUUUAACAGGAAAAUGCCGGACGUGGAAAUGAUAAAGAAACCGUGGACGACCGGCGAACAGCGGACCAAAAAAAUUCCAGAUUUCGAAAACGACAAUUUAUUGACUGUGAUCGAUGACGUUUGUGGUUCGUAUUACCGUUUUAUAUUUUACUGAUGAUUUUUCUUAAAACACGUUCGCCGAAAAUGUCAUAAUUCAAAAGUGUCCGGGGUCAAAAUAGCCGAAAUUCAAACUAUGUCGCAUUAACAGAUGACAAUACGUCUGCAGUGAUCUGCAUUAUUUUCGGACUUGUAAAAGAUAGUUUUAAAACGCGUGUAUUUCAUACGAGAGUACAAAUACUAUAAUAAAUUAUGAUAAUAAUAUUAUUUUGACAAAUACUUAGACUACGUAUUUGAUUAUUUCACUAAAAAAAAAUAUUUGAAUACGAAAAGCAUAGGUGUAAAUAAAGUCUGAAAAUGCACAAGCCUUGUACCUAUUAAGUUUUAGACCAAAUAUUAAAGACUAAAAUUACUGUUAAUUUUUUGUUUGUACAUUAUAAGUACAAGUUAAAAUUUAGAAAUGAUUUAACCUUAAAUUAAAGACAGAAGAUAAUUUAAAAUAUUUCGAAAGUAUUAAAAUAAGUAUUUGAUUUAAAAUACAAAUAUUUAAAGGACAAUAGCAUGUAAAGUUUCCAAAAUAUUGUAUUUACAAUACACCUAUUCGAAUAUUGAAAAAUUAUUUGAAUAUUUUGUUUUCGAAUAGGUAUUUUAUAAUUUUUAAUUUAUUAAUCUUGAUGUGUUUCUCUUAACAUAGUUGUUAUAGGGUUUUUUUUUUAAUGUGAAACAUAAUAUGUUAUUAUUAAAAUAAUGUGUACGACACGAACGGUUCCAGGAAGUGUAUAUAUUGAAUCCAUCCGAGUUAGUCUCAAACCAAAACGUAACCGAGUCGGUUUUAGAAGUUUUACAAAACAUAAUCUAAUUGUUCGUCCAAAUCUGAUAUUAAAUAAAUACUGCGAGGAAAUCAGGGCACAUGGAAAAACUUAACCUACUUGUUGUUUCAAACCUGAUAAUGGUAGCUCGGAGGAAGUUAACGAUACGAACAAAUUUAAAAUGCAAUUGAUCAUAGUUUCGAGACAUCACGCGUUCCAUCGUACACGAUUUCGUGGAAAUCUAUACCGAGAUUUUAACGGUUGUGGGGGAAAAAAAAAUAAAUCACGGUUGGGUUUCUAUUUCUAUAAUAACAGAAGGAACGUAACAACACGCGCCGUCGAUGUCGUUCCCCAGGUAAACAUAUAAAAACGACCAGCUAGCGAGGUUUUAUUUUUUUUUUUGUUUUCGUUUUUAUUUUGUUUUCACGGUCAUCGCGAACCGCUGUACAUCUCGUAUCCACGGCCUUGUGACUGCAUGUCGACAUUUUACAGGGUGAUUUUUUAUUACACUGUUUUUUUUAUCACGGCUCGGCGAUUAUCCAUAAAGAUUUCAGUUGCAAUUGAUUUUGGUUUUUUUUUCAAUCAUUAUACAAAGAACGGAUUUAAAUAUUUAAAUAUUUUAGAAUCCGCGUGAUGGAGUAUAGGGGAUAAACAUUUGAAAAUAAUGUCUAAAAGAUUCAAAACCAAUAUUUUCUUUGUUUGUUUAACACACUCGUAGCAUAGCAAUUUAGACCGAUUUCCUGGCCAUUAGAAAAAGUCAAGCUACUUUUUCAACUUAGAUUUUAAUUUGAAUACGUUUUUAAAAAUGUCUACAAUUUCAUUUCAAAUUUUCGGAAAUCUAUAACUGAUAUUUAAAAAAGUUGUCGUGUACACUUCACGAUGAAUUUAAAUAUUUUUCGGAAUACUUACAUAACUUUACGACAUCGAUCGGCCUGGAUGACAGAAAAUUGUUGUAAAUAUUUAUUUUACGAUUAUUUUUUAAUAAACGACUAAAAACAAAAGAAAUAAAAAACCAAAAUCAAUUGUACUCAACAUUUUCGUAGACAAUUUCUGGACACAAAAGACCAUUUGGUAUACUUACACGCGUUACAUUCGCGCACGUCCGAAUGUUUCAGAUUACUUUGGGAUUCCAAAGACUGACACCAAAGUCGAAUCGCUCCACCUGCUGUUCUCCGUCUACGUGAUUGCCAGAAACUCCUCUGCCCAAAACACCACCACCGUGCUGCCGCCUCAGCGACCGCCGUCCGACGAUACCUCGUUGCGCAGCGACGACGCCGACAACGAUCACAACGACGACGACAACGAUGACAACGACGACAACGAUGACAACGACGACGGUUAGGUUAAAAUGGAAACGGUGUUACAAUAUAAUAAUUAAAACACAACACGCACCGGUCCGAUAUUGUACACAGAUAGGCGUUCUAUUAUUCGUAUUAUAUCUAAUAGGACGAAGAUAAAAAAAAAAUCGGCAAUUUAUCAAUAAAAACACGUUUUUCAUUGCCAAUUGUAUAAGCGACUAAGUGCUAAAACUGUAAAAGUGUACCAAAUAUAUACGGUACACGAUAUGUAUACGGUUUCAAAGAGGUUAUAAUAUGAUUAAUGUGGCUCAAUAAUGUUUGUAAUUUAUUUGUUAUAAUACGUUUUGCCUGUUC